AUGGCGAAAUGGCGUCGAUUACUUAGCCUGUACCGUGUGCGCACCACGACGCUUUUCGCUAUUUUUUGCCUUGUCGCCUUGGUUUACUAUCAAACGGGGCAUGAAGCGAAGAAACAGUCCAAUUUGCGGCAAUAUUCGAAAGAGAUUCAACCGCCCGAUUUCUACGGAGUCGCCAAUCAAUUCCAGAUUCAAGAGACCGAGAUCAAAGACGAUUUUGUGGCUGCUGUUUUGGUCAUUUGUGCUGUAAGAGAUCGUGCAAUCAAAAAUCACUUGGAGCAACUUCUAAAAUAUCGCCCCUCGGCCAACAAAUUCCCGAUCGUGAUCAGCCAGGAUGGACACGCAGUGAUGGCGACUGAAGUCAUCAAGCAAUUCACGAAUGAAUCCAACUUUGUGUACACACAAAAUCACCAGGCUAGCGGGAAAAACAACUACAAUAAGAUCGCCACGCAUUACAAAUGGGCGCUGGAUAAGAUGUUCUUUGAACGCGGGUAUUCACAUGUGAUUAUUACUGAGGAGGAUCUCGACAUUGCUCCCGACUUUUUCUUGUACUUUGCCGCCACAAAGCGUUUACUCAAAGAGGAUGAGACAAUAUGGUGCAUAUCAGCUUGGAAUGACAACGGAGGAGCGCAUCUGAUCGAUAAACAACGUUCGGGAAUGCUGUGGAGAACGGAUUUCUUUCCUGGAUUGGGUUGGAUGUUGAGCAAAGAGCUUUGGCAAGAGCUGAGUAACGGAUUUCCCGAGAUUUUCUGGGAUGACUGGUUGCGGAGGCCGGAUAUCAGGAAAGGGAGAGUUUGUAUCAGGCCUGAAGUCAGUCGAACAGCUCACAACAUGGAAGUGGCAGGAAAAGGAAGCAGCAAGGGUCUCUACAAGAAAUACCUUGAAGCAAUCACUCUUCCCGUUGAACCGGUCAACUUUCUCGCGAUGGAUUUAGAUUAUUUGUUGAAGAAAAACUAUGACUUGAGACAGAAACAAUUCAUAAAAGAGGCGAAAGUGAUCACACGAGGAGAGUUGAUUUUGGGUGGCUUGAAUCCCCAGAGUGCUUAUCGAGCCACUUUCGGGAAUGCUAGACAUUACACGGAUGUUGCUAUGAAAUAUUCGCUGAUGUACGAUUUAAGGUCCGGUAUGCCGAGAACGGCCUACCAAGGCGUGGUGACGUUUCUCGCCAAUGGAACUCGGGUUUUCUUCGUCUCCGAGCUCACGAACAUUGAAGAGUUUGGAAGCCAGAGCCACUCGCAAGUGUACAAUCCAGAUUGGGAACACCAGGGUCGAUAUCUCGAAUUCGCUCGGCAGUACUGCGUCUCAAAGUGGAAAGGCGUUUGUGACCCACUUGAUCCAGCGAUGGCCGAAUGGAUCCGGAAAAAGCGGAUAAAGUUGGCAAAUUGGGGCAAAAUGAUUGUCAUU